AUGCAAAAUGCUUGUAAACAACUUCAUACUGUAUUCAUGUUAAUCAAGGUAAAUUUACUGAAUUCUUGUUUCCAAAUUAUGAAAAGAAAUUCAGUUGAACAUAAAUAUGAUGAAGGUGAACAAAGAAACACAACAUCAUGCGCAAAACACUGUCAUCAAACUUCACUUCUUUUUGUGACGUCAUCUCGGGCUCUAUGUGAUUAUUUUCGAGAUAAUAAUAAUAAUAAUAAUAAUAAUAAUAAUAAUAAUAAUAAUAAUAAUCGUAAAUUUAUGUCUGUUUAA